AUGGGUCAGGGAAACUCACUGCCAGAGCGACUAUCCAAUGCCCAAAAGACAGCAACAUUUACCCUUACAGAUGCUGGACUAAAGCAUAUCCCUGAUAAAAUACUCGAGGUUAGAAAACUGCGCAAUCUUGACUUGUCAAAGAAUCGUAUUGAGUCUAUACCUAUAGAAAUCAGCAAUCUGUCCAAUUUAAAGUUCCUUUGUUUGGCUCAAAAUAGGCUCACUACAAUACCAACAGCACUCACUAAACUUGUCGCAUUAGAGACAUUAAACCUAUCAGGAAACAAAAUCAAAGUAUUACCAGAAGAAGGCUUCGAGUCUCUUUUAAAUCUAAAGAUGCUUGACCUGUCUAGUAACUGCAUCCACCAAUUACCCGACUCAAUUGGGCUACUAGGAAAGAUUGUCACCUUGCAGCUUUCUAAUAACCUUCUUCGCUCACUUCCAGAUUCAAUGGCUUCGAUGAAAGUAUUAGAGGACUUGGAUGUUUCUUGCAACAAGAUCCAGGAAAUUCCCGAAACCUUUUCUGGGAUGCAAGCCAUCAAGUCGAUGCGGUUAGCCAACAAUAAUCUGAUUCGAUUUCCAGAAUCGUUUUUGGAAUCUACUGGAGUAGUAUGGAUUGAACUUGAAAACAACAUAUUUGAUGAGAGCAAAUUGCGACAAUGCAGAGGGUAUGAUGCAUAUAUACUACGGCGUAAAAAUCGUGUGGAUCAAUUUAUAAGAACCUGA